GCGUGUGUGUGUGUGUGUGUGUGUGCGUGUAUCUGAGUGUGUGUGUGUGUGUGUGUGCUUCAAUAGAGGCGGUGACCUGUCAGUUGUGAGUGAUUGCAUGUGUGCGCGCGCCUCUAGCCCCUCGCACCGCGCAUUCAAAUGCAAAUCCGCGCGAAUUCUAUAAGUGAGAGACAGAGCGGCUCACGCGCUGCAGAGAGGACUCGGGCGUCAAAACGUGAGCACCUCAAAACUCAACAGAGCAAUUAAGAAACCCGCGGGAAAUGACAGCGGGGCGACCCAGCGCGAGCGCGAAGGAGGAGAGGAAGCUGAGGAAGCCACUAAUAGAGAGAAAACGACGGGAAAGAAUAAACCACUGCUUGGAUCAGCUCAGAGAGACAGUAGUUGGGGCGUUUAGACUUGAUCAGCAGUCCAAGCUGGAAAAAGCGGACAUUCUGGAGAUGACUGUUAAACACCUACAGAACAUCCAGAGCAGUAAAGUUAAUGAGCCGAUGUUGGACUCGGAGGCCCAGCAGAGGUACAGCACCGGCUACAUCCAGUGCAUGCAUGAAGUUCACAACAUGCUGCUGUCCUGCAACUGGAUGGACAAAACACUCGGCUCGCGGCUUCUCAACCACCUGCUCAAGUCGCUGCCCAGAUCGGCGGCCGAAUGCUCCAGGAGACCCAAACCCAGCCUCACUGACCAUGAUGACCAUGUUUGUUACCAUGGCAGCGGGGUAAAUGGUCAGAGGUCAUGCCCUGCUUCUCCUGAAAUGGUUAGCAGCGGAUCUCCUAUGAGUCGGCCUCAACAAACUGAGAGCCCACAGCUGACGGCUCUGGAGAUGUGGAGGCCCUGGUGAACAUUUAUGUGUGGAAACUGUAUGUGCACUGCAAAAAAUGGUAUCUUGGCAAGUGAAAACAUCUUAAGUGUAGGCAACUUAUCUUUUUUACUUAUAUGAUGUGAUAAUUUCUAGUUUAGAGCUGUCAAUUAUGAUAUCAGUCACACUGCAUUAUCAAGUAAUAUUAUUUGCCAAUAAUCAAAUAAUCUAGUGAUUAUUUUGAUGAUUAAUUGACAAAAUUUACAUACAUUUUAUAAUAGCAAACAUUUGAUUUUACUCCAUAUACAUUACUCUGCCACUACAGACAUACACAUAUGAACAUCUGUGAGAUCCUGCUGGUGUGGGUGUCCUCUCCUUCAGUGGUGCAGGCUUGAAUAGGCUUGAUGGCAGCUGGUGACGAUUUUCACAUUGUAAUCACUAAGCCAAUUAAUCGAGAAUGUGUAUCUUAUUGAUUAUUUUUUAAUCGAGUAAUUAUUUUUUAUGAAGUAAUUGUAACAGCCCUAUCAGGGGCAUGAACUAAAAGGUAAAAAAGGUCAAUUUUGAUUUCAGGUUGCCUUUUAAAACAAGUGAAAAUGUCUACAAAUAGGUUGAAUAAUCUCAUCACAACCUUGUAGUGAGGAAUAGAUAUAUUGCCUACACUGCUUUCAGUGUCCAGUACAGGAUUGUUUUGCAUAUAUAUAUAUA